CUUCUUCUUCUUCUUCUUCUCUCAGCUCUCUCUCUCUCUCUCUCUCUCUGAUAUUUCUUCACCAUGGAGUUGGGAAGUAUAGUACAGCUCCUUGAGGACAAGGCCAUUUUAGUCACUGGUGCCACUGGUUUUCUGGCAAAAAUUUUUGUGGAGAAAAUACUGAGAGUUCAACCAAACGUGAAGAAACUCUAUCUUCUUCUAAGAGCUGCAGAUGACAAGUCAGCCACACAACGUCUGCAUGAUGAGAUGAUAGGGAAGGACUUGUUCAGAGUGUUGAGGGAAAAAUGGGGUACAAAUAUGGAUUCCCUCAUCUCUGAAAAAGUAGUUGUGGUUCCUGGUGACCUCUCUCUCGAGGACUUGGGCUUGAACAACUCCUUUCUGAGGGACCAAAUAUGCAACCAAAUCGAUUUUAUUGUCAAUUUAGCUGCAACUACUAAGUUUGAUGAAAGAUAUGAUGUUGCACUAGGUAUCAAUACAUUGGGAGCUAAGCAUGCUUUAAGCUUUGCAAAAAAAUGUGUUAGACUAAAGGUUCUUGUCCACGUGUCCACGGCAUAUGUAUGUGGGGAGAAAGGAGGACUGAUUCUAGAAACCCCCUAUCACUUUGGUGAAACACUGAAUGGGACUCCAGGAUUAGACAUCUACGCUGAGAAAAAACUGGUGGAGGAAAAGUUGAAUGGCUUUCGAGCUGAGGGAGCUACAGAAGAAGAAAUUACAUUGGCCAUGAAGGAUUUGGGUAUUGAAAGGGCAAAGAGAUAUGGAUGGCCAAACACAUAUGUAUUUACGAAGGCAAUGGGAGAGAUGCUCAUCGGGCACCUAAAAGAAAAUCUAUCAGUGGUAAUCAUUCGCCCCACUAUCGUAACCAGUACUUUAAAAGAACCUUUCCCUGGUUGGAUUGAAGGUGUCAGGACCAUUGACAGUCUAGUUGUUGGUUAUGGUAAAGGAAAACUACCAUUCUUCCUUGGAGAUCUUAAGACAAUUCUUGACUUGAUGCCGGCUGACUUGGUGGUCAAUGCUAUGAUCGUGGCCAUGGUGGCUCAUGCAAAUCAACCAGCUUAUGAUGAUCAUCAUAUGAUUUAUCAAGUGGGGUCUUCAAUGAUGAGCACUCCUUUGAGAAUCGAAAAGCUCCAAGAUGUUGCCUUUCGUUACUUCUCUAAAAAAACAUGGAUUAAUAGGGAAGGUAAAGCCGUCAAGGUUGGCAAGCUUUUGAUGUUGAGCGACAUGGAUAGUUUCCACAGAUAUCUGGCCAUACGUUAUUUGCUGCCUUUGAAGGGACUUGAAUUGGUGAAUGCAGCACUUUGCCAAUAUUUCAAGAUCAUGCAUCUUGAUCUUAGAAGAAAGAUUAACUUUGUGAUGCGAUUGGUGGAACUAUACAAGCCUUACUUGUUCUUCAAGGGCGUAUUUGAUGACAUGACUACAGAGAAGCUGCGCCUAAUGGUAAGAGAUCAGAGUGGUGCAGAGGCAGAUAUGUUUUAUUUUGAUCCCAAGUGCAUCGAUUGGGAUGAUUACUUUUUGAAUGUCCAUCUUCCUGGUAUCGUGAAAUACAUUUUCAAUUGAUACACACAAGUGAUUUAUAGUGUUCGGUUUCCAAAGUUUGCAUUUAGAUUCUAGUUUGUGACUAGAGCAAUGUCGUUCGUUCAUGUUGUGUAUUAUUUGAGUAAUAUGGUCUUAUUGUUAUUGAAGUUAAAUUUCAAGAACUUUAAGUGUGUCAGACGAUGGAUGAUAUGUUAUGUAUUUUCUAAAGGAAUGUGAUGUGUUU